AUGGCCUGUCCCAGCAAUGGAGUUCCCAAGAUUGUUUGGAUGCUUUGGUUCCAGGGAUGGGAGCGGGCACCUCACGUCUGCAAGAUGUGCAAGAAAUCGUUCGAACUGUGGAACCCUGGUUGGGAAGUCCGUGCUCUCGAUGAGCAGUCUCUUCCCGAUGUGCUCGAUGACUACUGCAAGCAGUUCACGGAGAUUUGCAAGGCCAACAAUCCCCUGGCCUCUCUUGGCCUCUCCUGGAUUCCGCCUGCUGCCGCAGCAGAUGUGCUGCGGCUUUUCUUGUUGAUCCGCUAUGGAGGCGUCUGGGCUGAUGCGACGGUCCUUUGCCGACGACCGCUUGAUGAGUGGAUCCAUGCUGCUGCGGCUCCUGCAGCUGGCUUCUUUGCAUUCGGACCGGAGAAAGGCGAGGAAAUUCCGAUCAUGAGCAGCUUCCUGGCCAGCCGGGCACAGCAUCCGCUGUUAGAGGCCUGGCAAGAGAAACUACAUCGUCACUGGAAGAUGCCGGCGAAAGAGCGGCCUAACCUGGAAUACUUCUGGUUUCAUGUGCUCUUCGGCAAGCUGGUCCAGGAGAAUGCCACCGCUAAAGAUUUAUGGCAACGCGCUCGGAACAUGGCUGCUGAAUACAAGCAGCCGGGUCCGCACCGCUUCAUGCCCUAUGAGGAGGUUCUGGUGAAGCCACCGGAUGAAGAGUUCAAGCGGCAAGUUGAGAACGUCGAGGAAGAGGAGCCUGUUCUGAAAUUGACGAUCCACGAUGUGAAAUACAACAGGGAGGGUCGAGAUGUUCUGCACCAGCGAGAUGGCUCUGAUUUUCGUGUGAAAGCAUCUCAAUCCAGUUUCGAGUAUUUGAUGCAGCGGACGCUCGAGAAGGCACGGCAGCGCCACGCCGACGCGCCCGAAUUCAUGACUUGGAAGCCAGAAGUUGGGGCAUAUCGCAAGGAGUAUGGCCUUAGCAUUGCGACACAGCCAAUGAUGCCUGGGUGA